AUGGCCACUCCCACUCCUGAUUCGCAAGAUAACUUUGACCAGUUUGAUGAAGAAGAAGAGCAACAGUUAGGUGGAACUACAUCCGGUCGUAAAAGACUUUUUAGUAAGGAAUUGCGAUGUAUGAUGUAUGGAUUUGGUGAUGAUCAAAACCCGUAUACUGAAAGUGUCGAUUUUUUAGAAGACUUGGUUAUUGAAUUUAUAACAGAAACAACACAUAGGGCAAUGGAAGUUGGUAGAACAGGAAGAGUCCAAGUAGAAGACAUAAUUUUCUUAGUACGUAAAGAUGCACGAAAGUAUGCACGUGUUAAAGACCUUCUUACAAUGAAUGAGGAACUUAAGAAAGCUAGAAAAGCUUUUGAUGAAGUAAAAUAUGUUGAGGACCAACAGUAACCAUACUGUGGCCAUACAACCGACGCCAUGCUUCUAGACUGAUUGAUAAUGAAUACCAAAAACAUAAAUGGACCUGAUAAAAGUAAUACCGAUUUGGGACUUUGGAGAGCAGUGAAAUGAAAAAUGAAUUAACUAUUUGAUAUUAUGAAUUUAUUAAGCUAGUAAGGUAAUAAGUAAUAAAAUUUACUGACAAAUAUCCUUGUUUGUUUUUCUUCAGAGUAGUAUUAGAAUAUUUAGUAAUGUUUGUUAAAUAUAAUAAUAAAAUAAAAAAGAACAUGUUUUU